UUGAUUAACAAGUUCGACUUCUUUCAUUUCCACCAUUUCUGCAAUCUUUAACAUGGAAACGAUCAGUCGAAAAGGUCAACACAGCAGCUCUUUGGAGAGCUUCGGCACGACUACUACUAAUACUAAUACUAAGGGUGGUGUUGUGGACCACUUGAACUGGGAUGCAGCAGCUGAGUCACUCAAGGGAAGCCAUUUGGAUGAAGUUAAACGUAUGGUAACCGAGUAUAGGCGGUCAUCGGUGAAGCUCGGUGGUGAGACCUUGACAAUUUCUCAAGUUGCUGCCAUAGCCAGAGCUGACUUGUGUGUCAAGGUAGAGCUUUCAGAGGACGCAAGGGCUGGCGUUAAGGCUAGUGUUGAUUGGGUCUUUGAUGGCCUCAGCAAAGGCACCGACACCUAUGGCAUUACCACUGGUUUUGGUGCUAAUUCUCGUUUAAGAACCAACCAAGUAUCUGCUCUGCAAAAUGAGCUAAUCAGGUUCUUGAAUGCUGGGAUCUUUGGCAGUGGAACACAGUCAUGCCACACACUUUCUCACUCGGCAACUCGAGCAGCCAUGCUUGUCAGGAUCAACUCACUGCUACAGGGAUACUCUGGGAUCAGGUUCGAAAUUCUGGAGGCAAUCGCUAAGCUUCUCAACCACAACAUCACCCCAUGCUUGCCUCUUCGUGGCUCAGUUACUGCAUCUGGUGAUAUUGUCCCUCUUUCCUACAUUGUUGGAUUGCUCACUGGAAGGCCUAAUUCAAAAGCAAUUGGACCCAAUGGGGAACCCCUUGAUGCCCAGGAGGCCUUCCGUGUCGCCGGUAUUGAUUCCGGGUUCUUUUUGUUACAGCCUAAAGAAGGCCUUGCUCUAGUCAAUGGCACUGCAGUUGGUUCCGGCAUGGCUUCCAUUGUUCUUUUUGAAGCUAACAUAUUGGCUGUUUUGUCAGAAAUUUUAUCUGCAGUUUUUGCUGAAGUUAUGCAUUGUAAAUUACCCGAGUUCACUGACCAUUUGAUUCAUAAAGUGAAGCAUCAUCCGGGACAAAUCGAGGCCGCUGCUAUAAUGGAACACAUACUUGUGGGAAGCUCUUUUGUUAAAGCGUCUAAAACGUUGAAUGAAAUGGACCCUUUGCAGAAAUCGAAACAAGAUCGCUAUGCUCUGAGGUCAUCUCCACAAUGGCUUGGCCCACAGAUUGAAGUGAUCAGAUUCGCAACCAAAUCUAUUGAAAGAGAAAUUAAUUCUGUCAAUGAUAACCCUUUGGUCGAUGUCUCGAGGAACAAGGCAUUACAUUGUGGCAACUUCCAGGGUACCCCAAUUGGUGUCUCGAUGGACAAUGCUCGUUUAGCUGUCGCGGCUAUUGGGAAACUUUUGUUUGCUCAAUUCUCUGAACUUGUUAAUGAUUUCUACAACAAUGGUCUCCCAUCAAACCUCUCCGGUGGUAGGAAUCUAAGCCUGGAUUAUGGUUUCAAGGGUGCUGAAGUUGCAAUGGCUUCCUAUUGCUCUGAGCUCCAAUAUUUGGCUAAUCCAGUCACCAACCAUGUUCAAAGCACUGAGCAGCACAACCAAGAUGUGAACUCCUUGGGACUAAUCUCUGCGCUAAAAACUGCUGAAGCUGUCGAUAUCUUGAAGCUGAUGUCCACAACAUUCUUGGUGGCUCUUUGCCAAGCUAUAGAUUUGAGGCAUUUAGAAGACAACUUGAAGAACACAGUGAUGAACACUGUGAGCCAGACAGCCAAGAAAACUCUCACUUCUGAUCCAUAUGGUGAAGUUCACCCAUCAAGAUUCUGUGAAAAGGAUUUACUCGAAGUCGUGGAUCAUGAAUACGUUUUCACCUAUAUCGACGAACCUUGCAAUGGUGCACAUCCAUUGAUGCCAAAGCUGAGGCAUGUACUCGUUGAGCAUGCAUCGGCAAAUGGUGGGAAUGAGAAGAAUACAAGCACUUCAAUCUUCCUAAAGAUUGCAGCUUUCGAAGACGAAUUAAAGGCUGUUUUGCCAAAGGAGGUCGAGAGUGCAAGGGUGUCAUUCGAGAAUGGAAAUGCAGCAGUACCAAACAAGAUCAAGGAGUGCAGAUCGUAUCCAUUGUACAAAUUCGUGAGGGAGGAGCUUGGAACUGAGCUGCUAAGUGGAGAAAAAGGGAAGUCACCCGGUGAAGAGUUCGACAAGGUGUUCACUGCUAUGUGCAGAGGGAAGAUCAUUGAUCCAAUGCUUGAAUGCCUUAAUGAAUGGAACGGCGCCCCUCUUCCAAUAUGAUACUUUGCUUUGGUUUCAGUGUUUGGGAAUUGGUUAUCUUAUCUUUUUAUGUUGUUUUUCACCUUUUAUUUCAAUCCAUGGUGGGCUGAGAAAUUUUUCAAUGUAAUAAAACCAGAAGCACGUUUGAGUGUGUGUGAUAAAUGACUUCAAUCGAAAUUAAUAACUC